AUGUCAGUGAAAGAUAUGCCACAUAUUCAUAGAUAUCAAGGAAGGAAGAACAUAUUUUAUUUUAUAUCAGCAGACUGGUAUGCAGAUACUGGGGCUGCACUUCGCAGGACUAGCAAGUCUCAACAGACAGAUCAGAGAGCACCACAACAGCAGGAGGAACGGCCUCCAACCCCUCUGCCUCCUGGAUCCAGUGCAGCACCUGCUGCAUCCCCACCACCUCCACUUCCUGGAUCAAGUGCAGGACCUGCUCCACCCCCACCACCUCCACUUCCUGGAUCAAGUGCAGGACCUGCUCCACCCCCACCACCUCCGCUUCCUGGAUCAAGUGCAGGACCUGCUCCACCCCCACCACCUCCGCUUCCUGGAUCAAGUGCAGGACCUGCUCCACCCCCACCACCUCCGAUUCCUGGAUCAAGUGCAGGACCUGCUCCACCCCCACCACCUCCACUUCCUGGAUCAAGUGCAGGACCUGCUCCACCCCCACCACCUCCGCUUCCUGGAUCAAGUGCAGGACCUGCUCCACCCCCACCAGCUCCGCUUCCUGGAUCAAGUGCAGGACCUGCUCCACCCCCACCACCUCCACUUCCUGGAUCAAGUGCAGGACCUGCUCCACCCUCACCACCUCCGCUUCCUGGAUCAAGUGCAGGACCUGCUCCACCCCCACCAGCUCCGCUUCCUGGAUCAAGUGCAGGACCUGCUCCACCCCCACCACCUCCGAUUCCUGGAUCAAGUGCAGGACCUGCUCCACCCCCACCACCUCCACUUCCUGGAUCAAGUGCAGGACCUGCUCCACCCCCACCACCUCCACUUCCUGGAUCAAGUGGAGCACCUGCUCCACCCCCACCACCUCCUCCACCCCCACCACCUCCUCCUCCUCAGCAGAGAUUAAUUAUUGCAAAAGACUUGAAGAUAUUUCAAAUGGAAGUUACUUGCUGUUUAGAAUUUUUAAGUUUAGUUAGAUGUUCCAAAGGAAAAUUCCUCAAUGAAACUAAUAAUUUGUAUGACAGAAUUCUGGCCGUCUGUUGUUUCCUAGCAGGAUGUACUCUGCUCCUCAAACUGAAGGUGUGUGUAUUUGUUGAUCAAGCAAAUAAUUUAUUCUUGUGCACUGUAGAAACCCCUAAUACAAUUUGUUUGGAAACUGCUUGCACUCUUAUAUACAAAGAAAUAAACUAA